CGGCUUGAGGAAGUCCUCCCAGAACACGCAGGCCACUGAGUUGGCACAGCUGGACACCGUGCUGUGGGAGGAGAGGCAAGGAUGCAGCUGCAUGAUUUGCCCCCACUGUUUGAAGAUGGAACCGCGUCACCUAUUUCCGGUGAGGAUAGCAGCCAGCCAUCACCGCCAGGGACAACCCAUGCCGCGGUGGCGGUGGUGUGGUGUGGUCAACAUGCCAAGCCACUCACCACCAGAGAUAACCCCGCCGAGCACUGCACCAUGAACAGCACCUUCACCUUCGCAAGGUCGGAGGCACAACGCAUCCCAUUCCUGUAGGACGCAGGCGAGGCCGCGCAGCCGCAGCAGCAGUCUGAGGUGCCGUGAGGUUGACGUCCUCCAACAUCUCCAGCCUCCUCUCCUUCAUGUGAGAUUGGAGGCCAUCACCGAGGGAGGAGACUAGGAAGAAUCGCAGCGGCAGUGGCGACAGCGCACUGACUGAGCGCAGCAGUAGCGGCUGGGAACUGGUGGGGGAAGGUUGUAUCGCGCUCGUCCUGCGCGAUCUUUGUGCACUUGUGGACUAAGGCGAUCCUUGAGAGUGUGUUUGUGACGAGUUGUACUUGUCGAGUUUAUGACGAGUCAGAACCAACAGUUAUUUGACACAAGCCACUUAUUUGCGAAUGAAACAUCCUAUGAUCAAAUACAUAUAUAAAAGAGAGCGACAUUGAAAAGGUGUGCGCGGCCACAGAGCCGGGAGGACCAGCAGGCCGCCAAGGGUCUGGCAGCUCGCCCGUCCACGCCCACACCACUCGUGACCUGCGGGAGGGGUCGCGGGGGCCGGGACAGGUCGAAUACGAUUUUAGGAGUGAUUAGAAAGUUAACUUGAUUUUCCUUUUAAAAACUGUCACUGGAUUGUAGAAUUUGUAUCGAGUGUUUACCUGAAGAGUGACUCGGGAUCAUUACAUUAGUGCUUGUGACCGCCAGCAGUGGUGUGAGCAUGUAAUAACUUCCCGUGACCCCAGCCAUCGCCACCACCACCACCACCAUGUCCACGUCAGGAUCGUCUGUGGGGCAGGGACCACACUUUGUCCCCCUAGGCAUGGCCCUCACGCCCCGGAGCCUCCUGAAGAGGCACAAGCUGCCCACCGCGGCGCACCUCCACGCACCAACAGCACCGUCUGGACUGGAUCUCUCCCGCCCGCUGCUCCUCUACAACACCUACAACUCGACAAAGGUGCGGGGCGUGUCUCUCCGGCCAGGGAAGGAUGGCGCGCUCAUCCCGCAGGGUCCUUCAAUAGUCAUCCCAGACUCCUACACUGGUUGGUUUGCCAUCAUGACAAGUGAUGGCCGUACAGCAUCCUACUACUCCACAGUGGAGCAGGUGGCAUCCAGCAAAGUGACCUUCUUCCUUACCCGCUAUGAUGUCCCUUCCUACACAAAAACUGAAGAAAGUGAUGGCACAUUCUCUUAUCAGAAGAGUGUUGUUCAGAGUGGCCAUGUAUUGAAACUGCUGGGUAUCUAUGAAGACCUUAAUGCUCGCCGCACAAACAGUAGUGGGCGAGGCCAUGAUUCCUCUUCCUCUUCCUCUGUCUUCACAUGUGACAAGUAUGCACAGUGCCUAAACUACAGGAAUGAGGUAUUGUUCCUGCCUUUCUCAGCAUCAGGCCGCUUCUACACAACAGCACACAAAAGCAGUAAAAACCCCAACCAUGUGUAUUUGAUGGCCCACAUUCUAAAGAACCAUCGCCUGCCCCUCACAGUACGACUGGUGUGUGGCUACAUGCCAAGAGUUCCCUGUAAUUUCACAGGAAUGCUACGGCUGGAGCAAGCCCAGAAGGAAUCAGUGAUCCUGGCUUGCACCAUGACUGAUGAAGCUCAAGCAACUUUAUUUGAAAUUGAUGUCUCCUCCAACUUUGCUCUGACACCAGUCAAGGACCCCAUGUUCCCCAAGACCCCAAUCUUCCUCAAAACAGUGUCGUACUGUGAGGACGAGGCUGAGGCCUGGCGCCGCCAGAUCAAGGUGACUCAUCAUGUGACGGAGAAGAGGUCAAGAUCAUUGACCAGGUCACUGAGUGACAAGUUCGUAGAACCAUUAAGCAACAUUCGACCCCUCAGUUUUUCUUUCCUUUCUGAUCACGAUAAGAGGAAAGGGCGAGAGCGGGACCUUUCAAGAGAAGGAAGACCACCUCCCACCAGUAAGGACAAAAGCCGAGAUUUCAAAUUCAAAGACUUCCGACGAAGGGAAAACAGUGUAGAGAAAACAAAGUUCACCUAUCAUGACAACUCCAAUGGGUACAACAGUUAUCCUCUCAAGGACUCUGGCCGGGAACAUAAAAAGGCAGACCUUCGAAAGAUCUCAAAGCAGAACACUUAUGUCCUACAGAAUGGUAAGACAGCAAAGCAACCUGAGAAAAAGCCUGAAAGUGAGAGUGGCAGUUUUAUAUCAUUCAGGUCUAUAGAGAAUAUGGAUUAUUCACGUGUGGUUGAUGAUAUCAGUCCAAUAUCAGAAAGAAGAGAGGAAGGUGAGGAUCAUUAUGCAGAGAUCUGCCCUCAGACUCUAAGAAACAAAAACAUAAAUAAAAAUGAUGGUCCCCUCAGCUUGCCAAACCUCAGUCUCUUCCAAACCAAAAAAGGGAAGGAAGCAGUUUCCAGGAAAUUCUCUAACAGUAGCAUCAACUCAAAUAGUUCCAGUCUGAGGAGUCAGUGUUCUCUAAGAAAUCCUAUGAGGCAAGUUGUCAGUAAUGGAUCGAGUGAAAGUGAAAGUAUAAAAGUAAGUGUUAUGUCACCGGGAAAUAAGUUAUUAGGUGAAAGUGCUCCUAGGAAAGAAAGGACAAACAGAAAUAGAUUACUUGAAGCCUUUAGAGAAAAAAUGUAUGAUAAAAACACAGUGAGUCAGCCAACUCGUGAAAGAGUAUUUGAAAAGGACAAAGAUGAUGAGGUGUGUUGUGAAGUUGUAAAAAAAAACAAGUGUAUCUUACCAGAAUCUAGAGAUGUAGAAAAACAACACAGUGUGAAUGAUAAGAUGAAAAGAAAUCUUGUGGAUAAACCAAAUGGAGCCUUGCAAGAAAAGAGUGGCAGUGCACGGAACACCAACGGCUGUGACAACAUCAAUGAAGUGUACAUCAUACGUGUGGUUGUGAAAGACCGUGAGGAAAACAACAUGUCCACCUUGGCUAAGGAUAAGUCUGGUGGGUACUACAUGAAGAUCAGAGGCUUUGAAGUCCCUAAGGAUGAAAUGAAAAAUGUGAUAGAUGUAAAUGAGAUCAGUGGAUAUGAUUCCCUUUGCUGAUCUCAUUCUUGACAUGCAUCCUAUCAGUGGACUAAAUAUCCCUUCCUAAUAUUAUAUUGUAUAUUUCAAUAUAUCACUUAUACAUUUACAAAGUUUUGAUCAAUCACCAUAGAUCAAAAUUGUACAUAACAUUAGGUAAAUAUAUUGCUGAACAUGCAUGGGGACUAACAGUAGCUCAGUUUCUACAGGUCCAGCAGCAGUAAAUGACAAAAACUACUGAAAUAUUCAUGGAAUAACAUGGAUGAAACUUAAUUCAGUAUUGUGGAUUGUCAUCAAACAGCAGUAUCAAAUUUUCCUAUUUUUUGUAAACUUGUUGUUAUUCCACAAUAAUUUCAUUAACUGUACAUAGAAAUGUGCAACAGGUGCUAGUGGCACAUGAGAGCUUUGUUCAACUACUUACUGAUUAUGGUAUGUACCAGAAGGCUGAUGUCAGGAAGCCAUGGGUAGCAGUCGAACUCGUCAAAGAAAAUGGUCUGGGAAGAGCAGGAUAAGUGUAACAGCAACAAGCCCAGCUGACACUAAAGGUGACAUCACACUAACCAAAUUUGAUGAGAUGAGUAUGAGCUUGAGUGGCAACUAUUUGCCCAUUAGAUACCUUAAUCACAAGAUGACAGUCAAAUUUUGCUCCAGGUGUUGCUGGGGAGCUGCUUGGCAAACAGCAAGCAAUUGAUCAAAUUAGUUCUUUUUUACACUGAAAUUUUAACACAAUGUGUUAUUGUGCUGGAUCCAUACAUCCACCUAAGUAAAUCAUUACUGUAUUCAUCUGGUAUCAUAAACAGUGUCAGUGACAUUAAUACUUUUGAUAUUGAUAUUACUGGAUUGUGUCAACCACACAAGAUGAUGCAGUCCUGUGGAACCCCAAUAUUCCACAUUUCAAGAGUCACAAGCCAUCCCAAAUCCAUGAACUUCUCAGCAGUCAUAACUGAAGUCAAACUUUUUUUUUUUUUCCAGUAGGUAAAAUUUUAUGUAAAUUCAAAUAAUGUUGUGAUAGCUGAAGAGUGAAGGAAGUUGUCAGUGUCAGAUUUAGUCAUGUACAUCCAACCCUGCCUAUCAUUCACCACACAAGCUAGAAUUAACUGUGAGGAUGUCAGUGAAGUACUUCUUAUUAAAUUUUCACAAUUUGAGCUCUUACUCAUUAAAUUUUUCCAAGUGUGAUGCCACUUUAAGGGUUUAUCCCAAAACUAGUCACCAUCAGCUGGUGCUUAAGGACUGGCUAUGUAACAGGCCAACCUUAGUACUUAUCAGUCAGGCUUAAUCUGAGUAUACCACUACCCACAAGAAUCAUGUCUUUGAUGACACUUUACCUGGUAAGAAGAAAACCCACUGCAUCAUGGACAAUACAAAAUUAGCAGAUUCCUGGUAACUGUAAAGAAUCCCAUAACUGAAUCAGUCUUCCCUGCUAAGUACCAACUGCCACUCCUGCACCAAAAUCCUUAACAGCUUCCUGGAAUCCCAUCACCACCAUAUCCACAACUCUCAAUUGUAAAUCAGAGCCACAAAAGAUGAUAAGAAAGUGCAGGAUCUAAUGGAGAUCUAAGGGCAAGUUCAUGGGUGAAAUUGGUGUAGAAAGUAUAGAAUAUCAAUGUUUGAGUUAGCAAGAAAAGCAUAAUUAUGAUUAAAACCAGGUACAUAGUUGUUAUUAUUACACUGAUUCAGGCAAAAAGACUGAGCUAUAUAAUAAUAGUCAACCAUACACCAAAAUAGAAAUAAAAUGAGAAAAUAUACUCAUACUUUUCAGAGCUCAUCCUUAAUAAGUUAACUAUACUACUUGAUUAUGAAAAGACAAUCUAUUAUACUUCAUGUUGAGUAGGACACAUGUUUAUCACACAGCCAUGUCAAGCAGCCCUAUGUUGUUUUGCUCUGUUGCUGCAAAUUACUGGCAAAUGAAAACCAAAAGCUGGCCAGUAGCACCAUGAGUUAAAUGUGAAAUAAAUAAUGUAGAUAUACACUAUCCUUAAAUAUACCUUUUUGUUGUACCUUCA